AGUGAAGAAGCGAGCAUCGAUCUAGAAGAAGCGACACACCAUAUUGUGAGGAAAGAUCGCCCCUCCCCAUAGUACACACAAUGGAUAAUUUGUGAUGCUGAUUCCUGACCACAAAUCAACCUUUUCUUGCAUACGAGGCAAGUGGGGGCCGUUUUGCGCAUUCCACAGCCAACCUGUCGCGCGCUUGUGACACCUGCUGCAAAGCUGUCUGACGUGCCUGACUGCUAGCCUUUUGUAUAAAAGUAUCCAGUCCUCAGACUAUCCAAGGAAAUAACGCCGGCAAGCGCUUGCUGCAGUAUUACAUUACAGCGCUGAAAAUUUGUGUACAGAUACUCAUUCCAGCAACACAAAUUAUUCCGUUUUUUGUACUUGGUAGGGUUUUUUUUUCACUUUGAUAGACCCUGUAGCACACCGACCUUCCCCGGUCACCUUCGGUGUUGAGUACAGUUUGUUUCGUUGAUAAAGUAGAGGCGUGCUUUUUCCUUCUGUUCGAUUAAAUUAGGGUUGCAAAUAAAUCGCUUUUUUCAAAAUAAACCACUAUCCCAACUGUUAAGAAAAAAAAACGUCGCUGUUGAAAAGGUACAACUUGCCUACUACAGCUCAAACUUUACACUUAUCUCCAAACGUCGAACACUCAAGAAACUUUGCUUUUUCGUUCUUUUUCAUCAAAAAAGUUUUCAACUACAACAAGUACCGCGUCGCCGGGUACUAGAGUUCUUGCUCUAUUCGACUAGAACCACGAAGACGCCGAUACGAACACUCGCUGCGACUGCACGACCACGACUUCGAGGGGGGAUAGAUAACAAGCCUAUCUCCUCGGUCGUCACUGCAGGAACCACGGGAACGAGUUCUGGUACUUAUCACUCUCCGGGGGAUAUCAAAGCCGCCCGCACGCCAAAACUCAGCCUUCCCGUCGAAGAACCGGGCGCGAAGAGGAAUUUUUGAAACGCCUUCUACUUGCUUCUCGUUGCGGGUCGGAGAGGUUUUCCAACCGAGAAUGCAGGAGCGCAAAGCCAUGCGGCCGCCCGGUGGACCCGGACCCCCCUUACCAAGUGCAAAAAUCUCUGGGUCUGGAAGAGUGCAACUUGUGAUGCUGCAAUUGGAUUUCAAAAAAAUCUCUAUUGCAUAUGUAGCAAAGGGAACAAUGUAGUUUUUUCUACGCUGAGAAGGCAUUUGUCAUGCGGAACAGGCAUCAAGAAGCCCUUAAAAAAUCAGUAUCGCUAGGGUAUGCAUCACAGUCAUCACGGCUCAUGCACAGCGUGCAUGACAAGUGUCGGAAUCUUCCAGACCCAGACAUUUUUCCAGUUGAUACUCCUGUUUUUCCUGGCGGGCGGUGUUGCCCGCGGCAGCCGUUUUCGCGCCGACUCUAUGCAAAGGAAAAAUUCUCCCUCCCCAUAUCAAAUUGCAGAUCUGUGAUGCAGGAUUUGUGUUCACAAAUGAAAUCUGCUUUGUCUUGCAGUACCUAGAGGACUGCACGCAGAUGCAAAGCCGGAGUUUGAUCUUUUUGGCGUAGGCGCCUAGAGCAAGGGAGACUUAUCCUCUGCGUGGUGCCAUACAGCAUUACAAAUUGCGGCCCGCAAAGGCACGCGGCGGGGUCUCUGGUUUUGCCUUCUUGCAAUACAGAGACGACUUGUGUCCGCAAAUCAGCAUCACAGUAUUGUCUCUCUUCAGUAUGGGGAGGGGAUGGGAUUUUUCCUUACGAUCGACUCUGCUCGCCAACGGCGCCAAGAAGCUGAAGUAUCAAAUGUAAAAAUGUCUGGGUCUGGAAGAGUCCAUGUUUGUCAUGCGUGUCUAGCAUGACUCUCAAAUCUGUCAUGCACGUCACCCAAGAGCGCCACUUUUCUGUGAUGCAGAAACGCAGUUUGUCAUGCAGAAUAGGCAACACCUAGAAGCUCAGAAACUUCUCAUGCUGAGCCAGCACUUGUGGCUUCCUCAUGAUAUGCCACCCAGCACCACAAGUUUCCAGACUCAGACAUUUUUACAUUUGAUAUGAAGCACACGGGGUUCAUGGCCCCCUACGACACGCACACGACGGCAAUAUCAACUGCAAAUAUGUCUGGGGCUGGGAGAUUCCGAGAUUUGUCAUGCAUAUUUUGCAUGACCCAUGAUGUUGCCUGUGAUGCAUGACCUAGCAUCGCAGAUAAUUUUUAAAGACACUUCCUGAUGCCUAUUCCGCGUGACAAAUGCCCUCCCCGCGUAGCACAAACUGGACUCCUCUUUUGCUGGUCACGCAAUACAGAUUUUUUAUAGAUGAUUCCAAAGUUGGCAUCACAAGUUCCAACCUUCCAGACGACCGAGACAUGUUUGCAACGCAUAGGCAACGGCGGUGAGCAACGAUGGCACUGGGAUGAUCCAGGAACAUCUCGAUCCGGACGAGGCAGUCGACGGACGACGAGUAUACAACUAUAGCUAGAUUUAUAAUGCUAUUGCUGAGAGAGAGAGCUAGGCUAUAGGUAUAGCUUGAUCAGCAUGGUGAAGGCGGGGAGCGGUGGCGGCUGGAGUGAGCUGUGCCUCUUGCAGGCUUUGCAGCAGUGUGUUCUUAUUUCCUUCCUGCAAUGCACCAUGAUGAUCAACAUGCUGCGUUCGCAGCUACAUCUGCAAUAGCUCUCUUUGACUCUAGGGCAGACUGGGGCCAGAGCUAGCCCACCUCUUGCCCUUCGCCGUUGAUCCCGGCGAGAGUGAAAAGAAGCCACCUUUUUUGAGCAAAAAUAGCCGACAGCUGCUGCAAGUGCUAACCUGGUAAGCAAACUGCAGCACAGAUAAGUGCUGCUCAAGAAAGUGCACAGAUAGAAUGCCCUGCGAAGUUGGCCCGAGGGGAGAAGAGCGACGCCCAUUGUUGUCCUAGGCCCGCUUACAUUCUGCCGAAAAGGCCUGGAGAAUGAACUCACGCGCCUGCCGAGCAGGCACGUCAAAGCUCUUGGCCUGGUCCUUUCAUCCUUGCGCGCCUUCAUCUUGCCGAUACUGUAUGUGUUUCGCGGCUCUGAUUUUUGGCUUCUUCGCCGCGGCUGCUGCAGUGCUCUUAUGCGAGCACAGGGAUACGAAAAAACAUGGCCAAAGAACGACGCCCAGGCCAUGUCUAGCUGCCCGCCGCGUGAUCGCCUGCGACUUUUGCGAUGUGCAGAACCCACUUCCCAGAAGGGCGAGAGGGACAAUGUCCCGGCAGUCACCUCCGCUGCUUGUCAUGCAAAAUUCACGUACAAAUUCUUUCACAAAUCCAGGAGCAUCUCGAUCCGGAGGCAGUCGACGACGCUGGCAAGGACGAGUAUGGAAGCGUCAGGACUGAAAUCGUCAAGCUUGAAAUAGUUUGUGAUGCAUAAAACGCAACCCACAAAUAUAAUGCCUGUCUUGCAGAGUAGGCAAGGGAGGCAGGUUGUGAGCCUGUUGAGGAGAAGAAAUAGAGCUGCUAAAGUAGCAUCACAAAAGGCGUCUUCCUCACCCAAACAGCAUGACAAACUGGAUUUUGGUUCUACUCAAAUUUGUCAUGCGCCGCUUAGAAAUUGAGCUUCCAACUGGCAUCCAUUUUCUGCAUGACAAAUCGUUUCAACUUUGUCGAUUUCAAACCUGCCGCUUCCAUAACGACGAACAGGUGGACCACGAAGCUGCAUGGGAACCUGCUCUGGAGCCGGACACGAUGGCCGCGGGCAUGCUGGAAGUGCCUAUCCAGUGCAAAUAUGUCUGGAUGUCUGGAAGGUGGCAAGAACUUGUCAUGGUAAAUCUGAAUCAUGCAAAAAUCUGUGGCGCAUGAGUGCCAAAAGCUGUCCACUUUCGACCGUAUUGGGAGGGAGUUUCUCACGCAGGAUAGGCAUGACAGCGACCGCAUAGAAUCUGUCAUGGUGGGUCGAGCAUUCCUGACGUGACCUCAGUCAUGGGUCAUGGAGAACCUGCAUGACAAGUGUUGCGUUCUUCCAGAGGUGGACCCAGACAUAUUUGCGGUUGAUAGUGCCGGGGGAGCUGCAAGAACUCCCGGUGGAUGGCGACCAAGAAUUUGCCGAAGGGGGGCCCGUAUGGAAUGCAAAUAUGUCUGGGUCUGGAAGAUUCCCAGGUUUGUCAUGCAUGUUUUGUAUGACCCAUGGCGCCUGUGAUGCAUGACCUAGCAUCGCAGAUUUUUAGGGGGCUUACUUAUGCCUAAUCCGCAUGAGAAAUGCCCUUUCCGUGUAGCAGAAACUGGGCUCCUCUUGCUAGUGAAGCAAUACAGAUUUUUUUAGGAUCCAAGAACAGCAUGACAAGUUGCAAUCUUCCAGACCCAGACACUUUUACAUUUGAUAGCCCGCCCCCGGCGACGAUCUGGAGCCGGAUUUGAACGCCGCCGCGGCCAUGUAUGGAUGUGUCAGGAUCGAAAUCGACAAAAUCGAAAAAUUUGCGAUGCAUAAAAUGUAGGGCACUGAAGGCCUGUAUUGGGGAGCAGGCAAAUGAGACCGAUUGCAAGCCUGUGUAGGGGUAUGCAAUGUGCUGCCAGAGUAGCAUAACAGGAGCAGAAGUCUUCUUCGCCCAAACAGCAUGACAGACUGGAUUUGAGUGCUCCCGAAAUUUGUCAUGCGCCACUUACAAACUGAGGCUCCAAUUGGUAUCGAUUUUAUGCAUCACAAAUUUUUCGAUUUUGCUAAUUUCGAUUCUGACACUCCCAUACCAUGCUGGAAGUCCUGCCCGCGAGGACGCUGCAGCCUGCGAACGACACAACGGCGCCUGGGCAGCAAAUGGAAAUGACCAUUAGCGCUGAAAGUGACGACCUGGCGGCUCCGGUGUCGGGAUCCUUUGUGGAAACUGGUAUGCAACUUGCUGCCGUCGAUCUUGGCGCACCACGCGGCCUGGAAGCGUGGACAAACUUUGAUCCGGAGUCGAACAGCACCUCGGCCAUUAUGGAUGUGUCAUGAUUGAAAUCGACAAACUUGAAAUAAUUUGUACUGCAUAUAAAUGGAUAAAACUAAAAGUUGGGGCCCAGUCUCCAACUGGCGCAUGAUAAAGUUGGGUAGAGCCGAAAUCCAGUUUGUCACGUUGUUUAGGUAAGGAAGACGCCUGUUGUCAUGCUACUGUAGCAGCUCAGUUUCUACCCCUCAACAGGCUCGCAAUCUGCCUCACUUGCCUACUCUGCAGGACAGGCACUCUGUGGGCAGCAUUUUAUGCAUGAGAAACUAUUUCAACUUUGACGACUUCAAUCCUGACGCUUCCACAGCCAUGCUGGAGGUGCCGCCUGACGUCGAGCUCAGCGAAAACGCGACCGGGACCGCCCCGCUGGCUGCGGGACAAAUGCAAAUGACAAUCAGCGGCGAACGCGCCGACCUCACGUCGGCGGUGGCGGGCUCGUUUCUCGAGGCUGCUACCAGCAUCGACAUUGCCAACCUCAGGAACUGGGCGGUUGCAGUGUCACGGAACGGUCACGGAGAAUGCGCCUGUUCCGCCGACGUAAUCGUGGAAUUUUGGACGCAGCUCUUCGGGAGGCCGUCGUCUGGCGCUCCUGGGCCCGUUUUCCAGCCUCCACGUGUGCCCGGGUUCUGGCCUUCCCCGUCCAUCGGAGGGCUGCUGGACUUGUGUCCCAACCUCCUUCUUCACGUGGGGUGCUGGGUGCCGCGCACGUUGUCGCAGUACACGAAAGUGGGCCUGCUCAGCGGCCAAGUGCUGCCCCUGCCAGUCCAGUCUUCUACUGACCACAUUAGCCCCUUUGGUCUUGCCAUCACCCAGAAGAACCAUCCUGCAGUAAUGCAGAUGCUUUACUUCUCGUGUUCCCAGCUCCCAGGCGGAAAACCCGAACUUGAUCCGACCGGCGUGAUACUGCCUAGCAACGGCGGAAUUCCGGGCUCCGAGUUGCAUCUAGCCGGAACAGCCUACCGCGACUGGGUGUUUAUGCAAGCCUGGGAGCGCGAAAUCAACUUGAAGGCGGGAGCGAGCCGAAACAAGAGGGAGUACGAUCUCAGCGACUUUAAGAGCGUGCAGCCCUACAAAAAGAUUCACGACGAACAGAUAACCAAGACGGUCAGCCAGGUGUACGUUUUCAGCACAACUGCCGCAGGUCCACCUUCCGUCGAUGCCCUGCGCGCCAUCGAUCACGCCCGCAAAACGCAUCUGCAAAACCUUCAAAGACUGUGCGACGCGAACAACGCGGAGCCGGGCAGUGACGCGGACCUGCGCAAUGGUUGCGUUCGCUUCGAAGUCUACUUCCUACCACGUUGGCAACCGAACGAUGCCGCCCCAUUUUUCACGCUGCUGCAUGUGCGUUUCACGUCCAUCAGGCGGAGCCGCGAGAGACUUGAGCUUGAGCCCGAGUGGCGUCAGCAGAUGAUGACCCAGCUGGGGCAGAUGCGCACCGAAUUCGAGGGAGUGGGAAUUUCUUUAUUCCAAGCUGAGCUUAGCGACUCGUGGUCGCAGAACGCGCGGCUGCGGAGCAUGUAUGUUACGGAUCAGAAGGGGCAGCAGUUCUCGACGGCCCCAUUCGCUCAUCCUUUACGGCAAGAAACGCUGCGAAUCCGGGAACGGGGCACAACGAUUGGCGCAACAGCCUUCUUUGCAUUCAAGCCUCCCAGUGAGCUCCCUCCAGCCAAGCGGAAUGAGUAUCCCGACAAGAUCAAGCACUUAGUGUGGAACCUUGGAGGCCCGCUUACUUUUCGAUGCCAACGUGUGGAGUUUGGAUGCCUCUACUACGAUAUUUUUGUGACUGAUAGUUGCAUACGUCACUGGACUUCUUUUGACAAAGGAGGCAGAGGCCCGCAGCACAGCGACACUUCCCAAUGCGUCGUCGUCUUUCACGAAGCUUUUGCGAAUUCGGAAGCCGCACAGGCUGGUGCACCCCAGGACCCACACUAUUCUGGCCGGCUGGAAGAGCUGCGCACUUGGAAGCGCAGCCCCGAGGCACAGCAGUUCCUCCAGGAUGCAACGCAUCCCUCGCGCGUCAGAGCCUUCGGAGGAAUGACGCUGUUGGACUUGGUAUCACAAUUGAAAAUUGUUCUAAACGUCAUCUCCCCCGACAUGUUCAAACAGCGUGACGCUACUAAACGCGCCAAAACUCAAGCGAGGUGCUGACAGCCAAUUCACCUACCUGCGCCGCUUCUCGGGUGAGGCUUAUCUACCGCCCAGCGGUACGACUCACCGCGGCUGGGUGAAGAUAAAAGCUCACCCGCGGCUGGGUGAAGAAGCUCACCCGCGGCUGAGUGAAGAUAGAAGCUCACUCGCGGCUGGGUGAAGAAGCUCACCCGCGGCUGGGUAAAGAUAGAAGCUCACCCGCGGCUGGUUGAAGAAGCUCAUAAUUUUUGCAGAUCUUGUCCCGAGAACGUCCCUCAGAAGGUUGACCUUCCCAUCUUCUGGGUGACCUUCGGGACAGUAAUUUCACUUCGCCACAGUGAAAGAACUUCUUGGCGGAUAAAAAAACUACAAACCACCAGGGCGGGCAAACUGCUAAGCACCAGAAUAUUAGCGCUAUGGCUAAAGGCGUAUUUCUUGCACGGAAGGUAGGUUUGAAACGAGUUGCCUUUGAUGCAUGUUUUUGUUCGCGGCGAACAGCGCGCGCAUGGCAGAAGAACGCGUUUUUAUUAAUUUGAAACUGCGGGUGCUGUUUGAACAUGGUGAGUCGGGGCGAACGAUUUUCAGUUUGAUAAUUUUCAAAAGACGAGGAUCCGACGUUGGAAAAGGCAAAAACACAAGCAGAAGAAGCAAGAGCAUAUGGCCCGCUCAGGUGUUACAAUCUCAAUAGUUACAUAUAGAAACGCAGCUUCUUGAUGCAAAAAGGAGUCCCAGAUCGCACUAGAAACUGGCGAAAUUUGUGUUGGAGAAAGUGGAAUGCUCUGCGAGUCUGUCAUGCUGAUCAUGCAAGACAAAACCCACUCCUGUGUCGUGUUCGCACGGAUGAUCUUUACUGUGUAGCCCGCACAGUCUGAUGUGAUAUGCAAGACAAAAUCCAGAAUUUGUUGUAACAGUUGAGAUUGUAAGAAGACCUGAGCGGGUUAUAAAGCAAGAGCAGAAGCAGCAAAAGAAUAUCAAAUGCAAAAAAUACGUCUGGGUCUGGAAUAAGAGUGCAACGGUUUUGUCAUGCACGUUUUGCAUGACGCAUGGGGUCUGUGAUGCAUGCCCUGGCAUCACAGGUUCUGCGAGAUCUUUGCCAUGCCUUUUCCGCAUGAGAAACUGCCUCUCGGGUUGCUCAAAAGUGGAUAUCUUUAUUGGUAAUUAUGCAACACAGAUUUUUGCUUGAUCCAGAUUUAGCAUGACAAGUUGCAGCCUUCCAGACCCAGAGAUAUUUGCAAUGCAUACACAGAAUUGGGCACGCGUGGGAGGAAGCCAGGCGCGUGCUUCCAAGCUCGAAAAAGUAGAAAGAACGAAGGAAGCAAUUAAGACGCAAGCUAUUCAUUUGCGAGACGAGCUACAAAGGACUAAAGAAGAAUUGGUAUCGCAACAACCAUAUACUUUCGCUAUCCAUGUUGAUGUGUCCUGCUAAUAUAAAUACUUAUUUGCGAUGAGUAGAUGAAGAUGUCUCUUUGUCUCUUUGCGCGCGAAGGUGGUGUUGUCUCCGCAGUCCUCACGGGUUCUGCGUAGACCGUGCAGAAACUCGUCGCGCUUGAUGGCAUUGUCGCUGUAAUGGCAUUCAAAAAAAUGUAUGGUAAAUAAUAUGGUAGCGAGAGUGUGUCUUUUGUUGUGAUUCGCGAAGAAGGAGCAACGCCGGGCUGCCGAAGCCGAGGCUGCGGCGGACCGGGAUCGGCUAGAGCUGGAGAGGAUUGUUGCUGCGGUAGAGGCAGAACGGGACGCUGUUAUGCUGGUGUACUAUCGUGGUGAUCAGUCAGAGCGGAACAGCUUUGCUCUGCAUAAAACCAAGAGGGACAAAGCCUGAAAAAAUGUUGUAGUCCCUGCCGCUCUAGGGGGUCACUUUGGUAGUUGCGGCCCUUACGAGCUUCAGGAGGCCAGUCAUGAAAGUACAUGUAGUGGCGCUUAACUAAUUACUUAUUGCGUAUACUCUGUAUUUACUAGAAGCUGGCCCGCCGCCACCGCUGGCGACGCUUCUGAGGCGCUACCUGAGCUUGCCGGCAGUUGUGUCUGCGCUUUGUUUGCAUGACAACAAGGACGGGCACAGAAGUUCCUUUUUGAAAAGAUCGCGCGCUAUUUGGAGUCCAUAAUCACACAAAACCAGGUAGCGCGACGUAUGCUUCGCAAAUCCGUCCCCCCUCGCUAGUCAAACAAUAGUUGCAUUGCGUUGUUCACGCUGUAUAUGCAUUGCAAAUGUGUCUGGGUGGUCUGGAAAAGUGCAAGGUUUGUGGUCUUGUGGUCAUGUUGCACAUUUUGCAUGACCUAUGAUGUUUGUGAUGUAUACGCUACCAUCAAGACUUUUUGAGGGCUUCUUGAUACCUCUCCUCCAUGAGAAAUGCCCUCGUCCCCGCGAAGCAACGACUGGAGUCUUCUCGCUCACUAAGCCUGAUUCGCUAGCGCAGUCUGUUCGGCAAUGCAAUUUUUUGUAGAUGAAUCCAGAGGCAGCAUUAGACGUUGCACGCUUUCAGACCGUCACAUAUUUGCAGUUGAUAUCAUGCAGGCACGAUAAGGAUAGCGGUUUUGAAAGUUCACCAGCAAGAUCUUAAGAACAAGGAGUAAGUAGUUCGCUUUCUGUGACUGUGGAAGGAGGUCGUUGCGAGGGAUAGUUAGCGGUGAUGAUUUGCAUGCGCCUUUCUGUGCCGACGUGGUACUUAUUUAGAACCCUACUUCGGCAGGCGACGAGCAGUAUUGCAGAAGCGGCGCGCUUUGCACUCGUCGUCGGGAAAGACAGAUCAUUCCCGACAUGCAGACACGAACUGCAGGCUGUGCUUGGGCCUUCAGUGCUUAUUUGUUAUCGAGAAGGGUACGCUGUGGGACCUAAAAAACAACGGUUUCCGCUCCUGUAGCCUCAAAAACCAGCGCGGCCGCCGGAGAGUACUCCCAUGGUGAUUGGCCUUGUAAAUGUCACGCGAUUUGCCUCUUGUGGCGACGCAGUCCGCUCGUGAUUGUGUUUGCUUUGGCUAAGCGUUUCAAAACAACACAAAAACGAGCGAAGUGGCAGAGUCCCGUGCUGUUUGCCGCCGGAUUGGGAGGCGCGGCAAACCGGCGCACAUUUCGCGCGGACUUUGCCUCGCGGAUUUUCUGGCCCGAUUUGGUCCGCCUCGGAGGGCCUUCCCCCGACGGCACUACCUCGAUUUCGGGAGAGGAUUCCACAGAGGAUUCCGGAGAGGAUUCCAAAAUCCUCUCCGGAAUCCUCUGGCCCAAUUUGAGCCGUCUUUCGCGCCCUUUCCCCGAUGCUACGGCCCCGAUUUCGGGAGAGGAUUCCACAGAGGAUUCCGGAGAGGAUUCCAAAAUCCUCUCCGGAAUCCUCUGGCCCAAGUUGAGCCGUAUUUCGCGCCCUUUCCCCGACGGCACGGCCUCGAUUUCGGGGGAGGAUUCCACAGAGGAUUCCGGAGAGGAUUCCAAAAUCCUCCCCGGAAUCCUCUGGCCCAAUUUGGGCCGUCUUCCGCGCCCUUCCCCCGAUGGCACGACCUCGGUUUCGGGGGAGGAUUCCACAGAGGGUUCCUCAGAGGAUUCCAAAAGCCCCUCCGGAAUCCUCUGGCCCAAGUUGAGCCGUCUUUCGCGCCCGCUCCCCGACGGACAAAGCCGAUGGUCUGUUAGUUUUCCCAACGUGCAGACACGAAUUGGCUGCUAGGACAUGCUUGGGCUUUAAGUGUGUAUUGGCAUUGCAGGGGGGAUUCGGUUGCGACGGAUAGCAAUCAACGGACAGCUUCAAGAAGCAGAAAGACGACUGGGCCUCGCCGGGCAGCAGCAAGCAGAGCUGGAAGGUUCCCUGGCUCGUGCAGGUGCUGGCAGUGCCGCCGCAGCUGCCGAGCUUGACGCGACCCUGCGCAAGAACCAAGAAGAUCUGGCGGCCGCCAACCAACGCGCACAGGCGGCAAUCGGCGUGCAGAAAGCGGCUGAGGAGAGGAGUGCGCAACUGGGGCAAAAGAUGGAGGCCCUCGAGAAGGAGUUAGUAGCGGCGAAAGGAGCGAUGAGCGGGUGGUUGGGUAAUCCACCUUCGUUAUCUUCGUUGGAUCACAUUUCUCUGGCGGACUUCCUAUCCGCGUUCCGCCAAGAGCUGGCUUCGGAGUUCUCUGCAAAGGACCAGAAGAUCAGAAGCUUGGAAUCGCAACUGCAGCAGGCGAAGGCGGAGGCGGCGAGGCUGCGGGUUCCACCAAUCAGGAAUUUCGAUCUUGCUGCUCGGUCCGAAGACGGAGAUGACGACCUAGAAACUCCUCGUUCUAUUUCUCCGGAACUCUCAUCCCGAACCCGAUUCCUACCCAGAACACCAAUCGUGUCCACCUCCCCGUAUUUGGUGUCGUGUAUUCGUUCAUGCAUGAUCAUUAUAAAUAUGUGGCAGAACAAUAGUUUCGACGUGACUGCAAGUGCAGUCGGGAAAAUAAGUACGUAAAAUGAUGCAGCCGGCGUCCACGCUAUACUCGUGUCGAAAACUAGUUUUCUUUUUCAUCGUGGCUCGUUAUCUUGACAUAGAUACUUAGCUGGGGCCAUCGUUGUAUUUUCUUUUUCCCGCAAUAUUCCACUGUCGUUUUUCAUGUUUUCCCGCGACUGUUUUGGUGCAGACUCCUUCCCGCUUCGCUGGAGCUCGCCAUGUAGUUGCCACCGACCCCGCCCUGCUGGGUCCCGCGAGGCGGGAAGACAGCGCUCAUUCUCGACGGUUUUCCCCCGCCGACAAGGGCGUGGUGGGAAGUUAAAGAGCCUCCGGCUGCUAUGACGCAAUGCGGUGAUUUUUUUGUCUUUCCUGCAAGAGUGCCAGCCGCGGUGACCGCUGGGUAGCUGGUAACGGCCUCUAGUUGCAUGUCACUCGAGCAGCAAGGCAAGCAAAGUCCAGGUAGGUAACCUCGCAGCACAGCAGACUUGGUAAACUGGAAGGGCAGGAGCAAAGCAAUAAAUGUAGCGCGCUAGUACAUACAAGUGCGACCUCAAGGGGGGGGUGGCGUUCCUCGUUGGACUGCUUUCGCUCAUUAAAGUAGAGUCAGCAAGAACACUCCUGAUAGCAUCCCGCCUCGGAAUCGUAACCUCUAGGCACAACGAUUGGCGGGAAAGCUUUCGGCGGUUUUGCUGUUUGCGGCAUGCGGUUUCCGAAGUUGCUGUGCAAUACUCAGUGUACUGACAAUAGAUACGCGCAGCAGUGAGUCGUGCUGCAUCAAAUACAUCAUGGUGGACACGGGUUCUUUCUUGUCGAUGGCCACAACUCAUAUUUGAAGUGCUCGGGGACGCCAAGCGCGCCGCAGAGGAGAACGCGCAGAGAGCUGCAGCAGAUGUUGCCCGCCUAAGAGCCGUGAUCGCCGGUGGAAGCCAGGACGCUUCACAAGAGCAGCUGGAGGCAGCGAAAACAGCGGCAUCAGAGGCCUUGGUGCGGUUCGAGAAGGCGGGGAACGCUGAAGAGGUUGCUCGCAAGCUCUUCGAAAUGAGUGAACAACUAGCGCGCGAUCUCGAAAAGGCACAAGAAAGUCACGAAAAUUUGGAGGCCGAGCUCGCCGAGGCCAGAUCCGCAACGGAAAGUGCUAAGCUCGCCGAGGCGCAGCUCACCGAGCAGGCCAAAGAACUCCAGCGCAACGUCGCGGAACGUGAGGCAGAGUGCGAGAAGUUGCUGGGCGGGCUCGCUGAACAGGAUGAACGAUUGGCGCAGGAAAAAACUGCCGGACAGCAAGCUGCGGCACAGCUGCAACAGCUGUCGAACGGAAUCACGGAAAAAGAUGCGAAAAUUGCAGAGCUUCGCGCGCAGCUCGACGCACUCAAAGGAGAGAAAGAGGCAGCGAACACCGCUCACCGCAACGCACUGGAAGGCAUGGCGCGGAGUACAACCGAACAGGAGAGACUCGCCGCCGCAUUACAGGCGCACGAACAACAAGUGGAGCAACUUAACGCGUUCAUUCAGGCCGCAGUCGCGAAAGAAACGGAGGCGGCAGAGCGGCUGCGGUCUUCCCAGGAAGUCGCGAGCGCCCGCCAGCAGCAGCUACAAACGGCGAUGAGCAUGGUGGCGAGGGGGUUGCACGAGUCGGGGAUUCAGACUCCGCCUUCAUGGAUGUCGAGCGCCGAUCUGGCCACGUUGCAGGAGGUGUACCAGCGGGGAAUGGCGUCGAAGCUCACCGCCGAGAAAGAGCAGUCGGACAUAUCCUAUGUAAAAACGCCCCCAAGACGACCCCAUAGUCAAGAUGGAAAAUUUGCUAGGCAAAUCAGCCAGCUUCGGUUGCUACGAGUGACCACAGUUUUAGCCUCGUAGUGUAAUUUAUUAUCCUGUCGAGCUAGUAGAUCCAGCUCCAGCAGCAUCUUCGCAGUCCCAGCAAAUCGCCCUGCGUCGAGCAUCGCAAACUCCAAAACACGACUUCUAGAGAAUGUGUCUCGUCGGGUUCCGCAUAAGAAACAUCUUGACCAUGCAGAUUUGCAUGACAAGAACUCUGGGGUACCAAAGUGUAGUUUCGCAUUUUGUUUAGCAUGACAACUCUGGGGUCGUGGGGACGUUUUUCCAUAGGAUGCGAGAGCUUGCUGUCGAAGCUGAACGGGGCGCAGCAGUGGGCUGCACAGAAUGCUAUCAAAUGCAAAAGUGUCUGGGUCUGGAAGAGUCAUUCUGUUUUUGCAUGACAGAGGACGGCGCAGAAGGUCUGGCGUGGAAGCUCUAGCGUUACAGGUUUCCGCGAGAAGCGUUCUCAAUGCCGAAUACGCAUGACAAGUCCCUGACUUUGGUGACAGAAAGUGGGCAACUUUUGCUGGCUACUUAUGCAUGACAGAUGUUUCUGUGUUCCUGUUCUCAAAUGCGCACUCAUACAAGUUUGUACUCUUCCAGACCCAGACACUUUGGCACUUGAUAGAUUCGGAGCAGAUGGAGCAGAAUUUCCACCAGCAGUACGAGGCUCUGCGAACCACAAACGCGCAACUUCGCGCAAAAAUCCAAAUUGAGGCGGGCAAGACUCGGGAUGCGGAGAACAGAGCCGCACAAGCGGCCGCGGGAAUGCAAGCGGCGGAAAACGCGGAAGCCGCCGCCAACCAGCAGGUGCAGGCGGUGAGCAACCAGGUCGCGGCCGUGCAAGCGCAGGCCCAGUAUGAAAUGCAAAAAUCCCUGGGUCCUCUGGAAGAAUGCAACUUGUAAUGCUGUAUUUGGAUGUCUGAAAAAUUUGUGUUGCAUGAGCAGCAAAAGGAUUCUGAUUUUUGCUACGCGAGGAGGGCAUUUGUCAUGCGGAAUAGGCAAAAGAAUCCCUCAGCAAAUAACCUGUGGCGCUAGGGCAUGCGUCACAGAUCGAUCAAGGCUCACGCAAACCGUGCAUGACAAGUCUCAGAAUCUUCCAGACCCAGACACUUUUACAUUUGAUACCCAGCAGGCGGAAGCGAAACUGCAGAACCAGAAAAACGCGAAGCCGGCCGUCGCCCGGGCUGCAGCCUUAUCCUGUGCAAGAGUAUCGUACUCGUAUUGCAAUCAUGCAUUACAAAUCUUUUUCUUAAGGUAAAUUCGCAUUACAAAUUUUAUUUCUCAUGCUGAGGAAAUUUGUAAUGCAUUUAUACGAAUGCGAUACUUUUGCAGUUCAUAAGCCUCGGCAACAAGCAACGUCGCGGUUUCUGGCAACGGGGAGUGUUGCUGA